AUGGUGAUGGUGCUCAUUGCCCAGUUUACCUGGAUGGCCGUGAACUUCCUCCCUAACUCGGCCUCCGCAAAGCACCUGCGGCCCGUAGCAUUCCGGGCACCACUGGCACCAGGCAGCUUCCUCUGUUAUCUGCGGCUGGGGCGGCUGGGGCGGCUGGGAAGCGUAAUUGAGCCCCAGACUGUCUGGGCCGUUCAGCCUGAUGUCAUCUCUCCCGGCCUUUACCGUACUGACCACGGGAUGCACAGAGCAGCAGCUGUGGCCUUCCGAGCCUGGCUCUUGGGAUGCGUCCUCCACGUGACCACAGGAGCCGCGAUUCCAGGCCCAAGCGGCCACCAGGUGCUCAUCGUCGGGGGCAGGGACUGUAGGCCGCACUCGCAGCCUUGGCAGGCCGCCCUGUUCGACGGGAAAGUCUUCCUGUGCGGGGGUGUCCUGGUGCACCCGCAGUGGGUGCUGUCGGCUGCACACUGCUACCUGGACUCCUACACCGUAGGGCUGGGCCUCCACCGCCUGUCCUUCCAUGAACCAGGCAGUCAGGUCAUCAACGCCACAUUCUCCGUGCAACACCCAGACUACAACAACCCCACACACGCCAACGACCUCAUGCUCAUCAAGCUAAACGAGCCGGCCAUGGAGUCCAAUGCCAUUCGCACCAUCGGCGUCGCCUCCCAGUGCCCAGUCCCUGGAGCUGCGUGCUCCGUGUCCGGCUGGGGUCUGCUGCGGCAAGGGCAUUUCCCCCAAGUCCUGCAAUGCGUCACCAUCCCGCUGAUGUCUGAGAGCUCCUGCCGUGCCUCCUUCCCCAAACUGUACCACCCCAGCAUGGUCUGCGCAGGCGGCCAGGGCAUCCGGGACUCCUGCCAGGGAGACUCUGGGGGUCCCCUGGUCUGCAAUGGGACCGUGCAGGGCCUCGUGUCCUGGGGCCCAGCCCCCUGUGGCCAACCUCACACACCCGGCGUCUACACCAACCUCUGUCUCUUCACCGAGUGGAUCCAGAAAACCAUCCAGGAAAACUAA